UUGGGACGCAGCCUCACGGGCCUGAGAACAGGAAGUGGCAGUCUAACAAACUGAGCUCACCAGCUAGUUUUAGUCAGGUAGCUUAGCUCGGCAUUUAACCCGAUAGCCACGAUGGGACUGUUCGGCAGAUCAACGGAGAAACCACCCAAAGAACUGAUCAAUGAAUGGUCUCAGAAAAUCAGGAAGGAAACGAGAGUGAUUGACAGACAGAUUCGAGAUAUUCAAAGGGAGGAAGAGAAAGUUAAAAGAUCUAUCAAAGAGGCUGCCAAGAAGGGUCAGAGGGAUGUGUGUGUGAUCCUCGCGAAGGAGAUGAUCCAGUCAAAACGUGCUGUCACAAAACUUUACGCCUCCAAAGCCCACAUGAACUCUGUGAUGCUCAGUAUGAAGAAUCAGCUCUCUUUACUGCGUGUAGCUGGGGCCCUGCAGAAGAGCACCGAGGUCAUGAAAGCUAUGCAGAAUCUAGUCAAAGUCCCAGAGAUCCAGGCCACAAUGAGGGAGCUGUCAAAGGAGAUGAUGAAGGCUGGAAUCAUUGAGGAAAUGCUGGAAGACACAUUUGAGAGCAUGGAGGAUGGGGAGGAGAUGGAGGAGGAAGCAGAGGAGGAGGUUGACAAAAUCCUCUUUGAGAUCACAGCAGGUGCCCUUGGCAAAGCACCGAGCAAAGUCGUCGAUGCCCUGCCUGAAAUGGAGGCUGCAGGAGCCACUGCGGCCUCGGAUGAAGAAUCGGAGGAGGACAUUGAAGAGAUGCAGUCAAGAUUGGCAGCUCUGAGGAGCUAAGGUGAACUGUCCCUGGUGCACUCCAUAAAGGACGGAGAGAGCUCUGGUGUAGGGUUUACAGUGCUGAGCAUCCUCUGUGCUUGGUAUUAUAACUAUUAUUACAAUUCACAUAAUCAGUUGGGAUUAACUUUGUGCUUUGGAAGUUAAUAACUCAAAAAAGUUGUUUUUUAUAGAACAUUUGUUCUGAUAGAUGAAAAGGUGUUGUUUUUUUUAAUCAUCAAGGUGCAACUCCUUGGUAACUCUUUAUUAUCCAAAGUCAAACAGAAGGUUUAAGGAAGUGUAUAUAAUGUAAGUAUGAAAAGCCUGCUGUGCCUACAGUGCUUCAUCAUAUUUUUCUCCCGUCCUGAGUUACGGACUGGUGGUGGAGGACUUGGGCGUUUAGGAUCCAGACAAAUAAUUGAUCAGUUUCUCAUGAGUCCAUUCUGCACAUGAAUUACAUCCUGGAUCAUUAUUCAGCAGUAGUUCUUAUCUCUUAGCUUUUGGUUUGUAAGCAACAGCAGUUCUAUUUACUAGUGCUUAGCCUGAAAUGUCUGAAACACUAUCGACGAGGGGUGGAUUUCUCCUAUGAUUGCUUUAUUUUCUGUACAGUCUAAAGGUGUCUAUACUGUAUUUGGUCAUACAUGUGAAAAUACACUUGUCAGAAAAAUGCACUCGCAUUGAACAACCAAUUCUUUUCAUCAAUUCUUUUUAACAUUCUGCGUGUUAAAUGUUUUGAUUCCUGUCAUGGUUGAGUUCCUUCUCAGUAGGAAGAGGCAGAGAAAAUGGAAUGUUGGUCAGUGCAGAAUCUUAUGUAUCGUGGAUAUAUUGUGUGUAUAAGUUUUCUAUGUGAAUGAGGAAAAAAAUACGGAAAUAAACUUUAAAUAACAAA